AAAAGGUCGGAACUGCCAACAAAUCCACACACUCCCGCACAACAUCUUCGCAGUUCUCUGUCUCGCCACAAAGGACAAGAUGUCGUCUUUCGAGCCUGUCAUCGUUAUCGAUGGGUCCGGACAUCUUCUCGGCCGCCUUGCGAGCAUUGUCGCCAAGCAGUUGCUCAAUGGCCAAAAGAUUGUGGUGGUGCGAUGCGAGAAGUUGAAUAUCAGUGGAGAAUUCUUCCGUGCGAAGUUGAAGUACCAGGCGUUUAUGCGCAAGCAAACUCGCUUUAACCCAACUCGCGGUGGCCCAUUCCACUUCCGUGCCCCUUCUAAGAUGUUCUGGCGAACCGUUCGUGGCAUGAUUCCACACAAGACCGCCCGUGGUGCAGCCGCCAUGGAACGCCUCAAGACCUUCGAAGGUAUUCCACCACCAUACGACACCCAGAAGCGCAUGGUUGUUCCACAGGCUCUACGCGUCCUUAGACUCAAGCCUGGUCGCAAGUACUGCACUGUUGGCCGAUUAGGCCAUGAGUUUGGUUGGAAGUACCAGGACGUCGUCGCGAGACUGGAGGAGAGGAGAAAGGCUAAGAGCGCGGCAUACUACGAGCGCAAGAAGAAGAUGCGUCAACAGAUCGGCCAGGCUGCGAAGGCCGCGAAAGUCGACUCAGAAACCAAGAAGACUCUGGAAGGUUAUGGCUACUAGAUUGUCUGACAUACGGCGAUGAGGUUGAAACAGCGGUGGUUGAUGAUGAAACAACACACAAACUUGCAUGUAUUUGAAUGGCGCUUCACCCGGGGGGUUCUAAAUGGGUCUACGGGAAUCACAUCUGUGGAUAUGCGGUUCUUUGCAUUUUGCCGCGGCCCACUUUUUUACCAUCAUCUUCAUACCUGAGAAAAAAAGAGCGGAAGAAGAGGAAUGCGGAGGCUAUUGAAUGGCAUUGACUAAGGUUAGAACAUACACCAUGUUUAAUCAAUGUCAGAUAUGGUCAACAUUUUGUGAGGUCGCCGUUGAUUCGAUCGCCCGAGUGUGGGUUUAUAGCCUUGGCUGAAGUGCGAUCCAAUUGUGAAAACGUUGCUCUACCACCUGUGUUCGGGUCUAGAGCCGCUGUCAUGUUGAAUAAGUAGUACUAUUUAUUUCGUACGAUAAAAUUCAUUCUAAGCUAUACAGAAACGAGCAUUAUCAUGGGACCUCGCAUUUUGAGACUGUUGACGGGAUUAAGUAC